CACAUGCGCAUGUCUCACGCCUUUUGGUAGAAGAGAAGAUGGCUAGAAACGGACCAGAAUCUACUGCUGGUGCCCGUCUGAUACGAGUGGGCUCGCGGUCCAGCGAACUGGCAAUGAUACAGAGCGAGACGAUCGUCGCGGCCCUGAAGAAACUCCACCCAGAGCUCGAGGUCCAGAUCACCACCAUGAAGACCAUCGGAGACAAGAUUCUGGACAAGCCGCUUCCGGCGAUCGGACAGACCAAUCUCUUUACUAAAGAACUGGAGACGGCCCUCGCUGGAGGUCAGAUCGACCUCAUAGUUCACUCUCUCAAGGAUCUACCGACCACCAUUGCCCCAGAGAUGAAAGUCGCGGUGAUAUUCAAACGAGACAAGUCGACGGAUGCGGUUGUACUCCACUCCAAACACAAGGGGAAGAGACUGCAAGAGCUCCCCAGUGGAAGUGUCGUGGGCACCUCGUCUCUGCGAAGGAUAGCACAGUUGAAGAGAAUCUGCCCGGACCUGGUCUUCAAGUCUGUCCGUGGGAACCUCAACACUCGAAUGAAGAAGCUGGAUGAGAGUGGUGAGUACGAUGCCCUGGUUCUUGCCACAGCCGGACUGGAGAGACUCGGCUGGCUGGACAGAAUCGACCAGGAGCUGGACUCCUCCGAGUGUAUGUAUGCAGUUGGGCAGGGAGCACUGGCAGUGGAGACCAGAGCCAGUGACGACUCCACUAACGCUCUCCUGGAACAACUGAAUGACAUGGAGUCCGUUCUCUGUUGCGCAGCCGAGCGUAGCUUCCUCCAUAGUCUCAGUGGAGGAUGCAGCGUGCCUGUUGGUGUCUUCUCCGAGGUGAGAGACAGUGAGCUGUUCCUGGAGGGAGCAGUCUUCUCUCUAAAUGGCUCAGAAAUGAUCAAGAGCUCCGCUGGUGUCAGACUCCCCACUGGCUAUGCAGAGAAAAGUGUGGCAUUCUGGCUCAGUCAGGGAGAGCAGCUGGGGAAAGAGCUGGGAGCUGAGUUGUUGGCCAAAGGAGCAAGCCCCAUACUAGCCAAAGCAAAGGAGGAGAGUGAGAUUGGGAGAGACUGACAGACUGAAAUUUUGGCGCGGUUGUUUGUACAUUUUGCGCAUGCGCGGAUUAUUUAACACAGGAUGCCGCGAAAGGGUU